AUGUUCAAAUUACCUCUCCAAACCGCUCGUGGUGUCUCCAGGUCUGCACCAGUCUCUUUCAAGCGCCAGCUACGACCAAGCUCCAGUUCAGCGUCCGACCGCGCCGGAUACGUUGACCGAGCCGUCAACGAGCUCCAGGCUGCGCAGGGCGUAACGACUACCGGUCGCAUUGUCAACAAGAUAUGCACGCGCCUCGCCAACGAUAGAGCAACGACGCGUACAGAACAGCUGAUCUGGCUUGCGAAACAUGCCCUCGAUACAUCAGCAGCACCCAAGCGCGACACUGACAGCAGCAAGGCUUCGGUAUACCACAAACCCCAAGAGAAGCAAGAAGAUGAGCAAAAGUCAACUGCACCUGAGGCGGACGGCAAACGUUCUUGGGAGGGCGUUUCCGCAUGGCCGCAUUUGUGCGCCAACGAUGGUCCCGCCUACGAAGCACCGACCCUAGGGGACCUACCACCCGCAUACACCGAGUUGCCAGGCCAGGUCGAGAACGAAGAGCUGGGCACCAACGCAGUAGUCGCCGACGAUGGACGUGUUAAUAUCCGAAUCGAUCAGAAGAGCCGCGCGCUGUCACAACUCAUCCUCCCACAAAUACAGCGUCAGCUCACAAACGCGCAAGAAGAUCCUGAGCCGCCGCCACCGUACGUCCCAGAGUUCCUCGGCGGUGCGCCCGGUCAGCAGCCUCCGCCUCCGCUGAACGUCGUCAUACAAGUGGUGGGCUCUCGCGGUGAUGUCCAGCCAUUCGUCGCAUUGGGCAAGGUGCUCAAGGAUACGUACGGCCAUAGGGUACGGUUAGCGACACACCCGACGUUCAAGGACUUCGUUAUCGAGAAUGGACUGGAAUUCUUCAGUAUCGGAGGCGACCCAGCUGAACUUAUGGCUUUCAUGGUGAAGAACCCGGGGCUGAUGCCUGGCUUCGAUACAUUGCGCAGUGGUGACAUUGGCAAGAGGAGGAAGGGUAUCGCAGAGAUUCUGAGCGGCACAUGGAGAUCUUGCAUAGAGACUGGAAACGGUCUCGGUGUAGAUCCGCUCCAGCAGACUGUCGAAGAGUGGAUGGGUAUCGAGGACCAGCUGCCCGAGCAACUGCGCAAACCAUUCGUCGCAGAUGCCAUAAUCGCAAAUCCUCCCGCUUUCGGACACAUACAUUGCGCUGAGAAGUUGGGCAUACCUUUACACAUGAUGUUCACCAUGCCGUGGUCGCCUACACAGCAAUUCCCGCAUCCACUCGCCAACAUCCAGUCUAGCAAUGCAGACCCCACCAUCACAAACUACUUGUCGUAUAUCAUGGUCGACGUGCUCACAUGGCAGGGUCUGGGCGACGUCAUCAACAGGUUCCGCAAGGAUAGCCUUCGGCUGGAUCCCAUCAGCGCUGUCUGGGCGCCAGCCAUGCUCGCGCGUCUGAAAGUACCUUUCACAUAUUGCUGGUCUCCUGCACUUAUUCCUAAACCCAGGGAUUGGAACCACCACAUCUCCGUCGCGGGUUUCUACUUCCUGAACCUCGCCUCAAACUAUACACCAGCCCCGGAUCUUGCAGCCUUUCUCGAUGGAGGUGAGCCACCAGUAUACAUCGGCUUUGGUUCCAUUGUAGUGGACGAUCCAAAUGCCAUGACCAAGAUGAUCUUCGACGCCGUGAAGAUCACCGGAAAACGUGCGUUGGUGUCCAAAGGCUGGGGCGGGCUAGGAGCCGAUGAUCUUGGAAAGCCAGAUGGCGUCUUCAUGCUUGGCAAUUGUCCUCACGACUGGCUAUUCAAACGCGUGUCUGCCGUCGUACAUCAUGGUGGUGCAGGAACUACGGCAGCUGGUAUCGCAACUGGAAAGCCGACCGUUGUUGUGCCAUUCUUCGGAGAUCAAGCCUUCUGGGGAGCCAUGGUCUCAAGAGCCGGCGCUGGGCCUGAUCCCAUCCCAUACAAGGAACUCACCGCAGAGAAGCUUGCCGGAGCUAUCAACGAAGCCCUCAAACCGGAAACACUCGAUCGGGCGCAGGAGCUCUGCGACAAGAUCAAACAGGAAAACGGCACACAGAAGGGAGCUCAGUCAUUCCAUCAGAUGCUUAAUUACGACGAACUGCGAUGUGCUCUUAUGCCAGACAAGCCGGCUGUCUGGAGACUGAAGCGGACUGACGUGAAGUUGAGUGCUAAGGCGGCUACUGUACUGGCCCAACAAGGCGAAGUGAACUUCUCUGACAUGAAACUAUACCGCCCUCGCGAGUAUGUUCCUGAUGAAGGCCCUUGGGAUCCAGUUUCUGGCGCAGCUGGUGCUAUUAUGGGAACAGCAACCUCAGUGAUGAUGGGUGUUGCUGAUAUGCCAAUUCAGACUCUCAAACUACUCAACAUACAUCCUGAUGCCAGAUCUAAGAAAGGCAAAGAAAAGGCCACAGGUACCGAAACUUCGUCGACCGGAGAAGGAAGUAGUGGACGCCCGACGACAUCGAGGACGGCGACUGAUGCUACCGAUCGCUCAGGUAGAAGUGGGGCCGCAACACCAACUGCUGCUGAUGCUGCUGCUGAUCUGGCCCGGAUACAGGCGGACAACCCAGCAGUCAAGAGCCCUGGCUCUCCUGUGGCUGGAUCUGCAGCACCAUCCAACACUGGGCCAAAGCCAAGCAUGGCCGAGAAUUGUGAAUCUGCAGUAGACACUGGGAAGGGUCUAGCUAGGAUUGUUGGCGCUGGCUUCAAGUCACCCAUGGACUUCUCACUCAAUGUGGCUAAGGGGUUUCACAACGUACCGAAGCUCUACGGAGCAGAAGUGCGACAGGUCGAUAAGGUUACCGAUUUCCAGAGUGGCAUGCGAACCGCUGCCAAGCAAUUCGGCUUUGGUCUUUAUGAUGGCAUCACUGGUAUUGUGACGGAUCCUUACAAAGGCGCAAAGAAAGAAGGUGGUAUCGGCUUCGUCAAGGGAGUUGGACGCGGUAUCAUGAGCGUACCAUUCCGCGUCAUGGGUGGUGCUUGGUCGGUUCCUGGCUAUGCCAUGAAAGGACUCUACCAAGAAAUGGUCAAGAGCAAGGGAAAGAGCGUGCAAAACUACAUCAUCGCCGCACGUAUCGCGCAGGGCUACGAUGAAGCAUCCGAGGUAACGCAAGAAGAACGCGACGAGAUUGUGAAGAAAUGGAGUCACAUGAAGUGGGGUAUCAAGAAGAAGCGCAACGUUGGAGCUGAGCAAAUGGACUCACUCCAUUCACUUGUCCAGCAGAAGAAGGAUAGGAAGGAUAAGCGCUCUGCUAUACUCGACUCGCAUGUUGGUGCAGUAGCCCAGCCAUCAGCACACGCGAACUCCGUCCCACAAGGCAGCGCCGCAGGCCAAUACCCUGAUCCCCCACGCAGACGCGGUGUCGAGCCUGAGAUCCGAUCAACGAUUCCCAGCUGGCGGCAACAAGAAGCCGAACGAACACGCGCAUUAAGACGACAAGAAACCCCCACAUCAGGCUCCCCAUCAAUUGCAUCGUCAACCGCCCCAUCCCAACAAUCACAAGCCGAUCUCGAAGCCCAACUCCGAGCCGAAGAAGAAGAAGACCAACGCGAACUCGAACGCGCCAUCGCCGCCUCCGUCGCCGAAUCCUCGCGCGGCGACCCGGAAGAAGACCGCCUCGUCGCCUCUGCAAUCCGCGCUUCCAUCGCCGAGCUCGAAAACGCACCCCCUUCCAGUAGCGGCGCGCCGACCCAACAAGACGAGGAAGCAGCGCUCCACCGCGCCAUGGCAGCCAGUAUGUCCGAAGCCGGCAAAACCGACAUGACGGAAGAGGAGAGGAAGGCGCUUGAAGAGACGCUCAGAAAGAGUUUGUCUGAAACGAGUAAGCGGACAAGACGAGACAGCGAUCAUCAUGAAUGGGAUUCUGAUAACGAUACCGAGGACGAUGAGGAUUACAAAAGAAUUAUCGCUGAAUCGAAACAGCUUGCUCAGAUCCAUGCGGAGCAUCCGGAUGAAUAUGCGACGUCGACGCGAGGUGCGCAGCAGGAAAGCGGUGUUAUGGAUGCGAUGAGUCAGGCUAUCGGUGGUAGUGAUGCUGCUUCGGGUCAGACGCAUGCUUCUCCACCUCCUUACGCUCAUUCUUCCGCCCGUGCUUCUACCGCCCUCGGAGAAGACCAGACGCGUGAUCACGACAUAGAUGCGCGGGCCGCUCCUCCUCCACUCCCCCAUCGCAUCACAAUGCAAGACAACGAUAACGACGAUGAAGAUGCAGAACUAAAGAAAGUGUUGGCAGAAAGCGAGAAAGCGGAGAGUGAACGGAUUAGCAAUUUGGAGAAACAGAGGACCGAGGAGGAUAUUGUUAUGGAGUAUGUGCGGAGACAGAGUUUGCUUGAGGAGGAACAUAGGCAGAGGGUUAGGAACGGGGAGGAGAGUGCUGGAAGGUAA